AUCUCUGGGUGGGAAUGAGGUAGUGAGGAAGUCCAAGACUGCCCUGGCCUGAACCCUGAGACCAAGAGGCUUUAGGAGCAGUGUUCACUCACUGAUCCAAGGCUAGCCAGCCGCCCCCAAUUGCACUCUGCAAGAGUAGGAGCCAACCCAGCGUUGCGCUUCCAGCUGCGUCUGCCCGGGCGCAGCACGUGCUCCAGGCGCUGGCGCGAGAGAGCGAGCGCCACCACCGCGGGCCCGCAGCCGUUCUGCUGGCUGCCACUACAGCUUAGAUCGCAGCCACUAGCGCUUCUGCAGCAGCCAAGGCCGCUACGACAGCGCAGGGAGCUUGAAAGGAGCGGCUGUCCAGAGGAGCAAGGCUCAGGGAGCGCACCUGGUGAUUUCACCCAAAUUCUUGGUUUAGAAAAAAAAGACCUCUGUAUGCUGAAGCCUCCCAUAAUUUUUCUACAAUUCAGACAUCUCUCCAGAAACUCAACCUAGUAUAUCCAGCUGUUUUGUCCACAUAUGAUCAUAAAUUCUAGUUAUGAAUAUUCUGAUCAUAUGGAUGCAUCUAACUCAACACUCCCUGGGGAACUUGUUAUGUUUUAGAGAAUAUAUCUAAAUUGCUGCCUAAUUCCUCAAUGCACCACUGAACACAGGACAUCAUUUGACUGUACCUAUUGGAAAUCUGAGUUUCCUCCAUCAUGAUGUCUUUAUUAGCUUGAAUUCCUUACCUAAAAUGGUCCUUCUGUUGAUCCUGUCAGUCCUACUUCUGAAAGAAGAUGUACGAGGAAGUGCACAGUCCAGUGAGAGGAGGGUGGUGGCUCACAUGCCAGGUGACAUUAUUAUUGGAGCUCUCUUUUCGGUCCACCACCAACCAACUGUGGACAAAGUUCACGAGAGGAAGUGUGGGGCAGUCCGUGAGCAGUAUGGCAUUCAGAGAGUUGAAGCCAUGCUGCAUACCUUGGAAAGGAUCAAUUCAGAUCCCACACUCUUGCCCAACAUCACACUAGGCUGUGAGAUAAGAGAUUCCUGCUGGCAUUCUGCUGUGGCCCUAGAGCAAAGCAUCGAGUUUAUAAGGGAUUCCCUCAUCUCUUCGGAAGAGGAAGAAGGCUUGGUACGCUGUGUAGAUGGCUCUUCUUCCUUCCGCUCCAAGAAACCCAUAGUGGGAGUCAUUGGGCCUGGCUCGAGUUCUGUGGCCAUUCAAGUUCAGAACUUGCUCCAGCUUUUCAACAUACCUCAGAUUGCUUACUCUGCAACUAGCAUGGAUUUGAGUGACAAGACUUUAUUCAAAUACUUCAUGAGGGUUGUACCUUCAGAUGCCCAGCAAGCCCGAGCCAUGGUAGACAUAGUGAAGAGAUACAACUGGACUUAUGUCUCAGCUGUGCACACAGAAGGCAACUAUGGAGAAAGUGGGAUGGAGGCUUUCAAAGAUAUGUCAGCGAAGGAAGGGAUUUGCAUCGCCCACUCUUACAAAAUCUACAGCAAUGCUGGGGAACAGAGCUUUGACAAGCUGUUGAAAAAGCUCAGGAGUCAUUUGCCUAAAGCCCGGGUGGUAGCCUGCUUCUGUGAAGGCAUGACAGUUCGAGGUCUGCUCAUGGCCAUGAGACGCUUGGGUCUAGCAGGGGAAUUUCUACUUCUGGGCAGUGAUGGCUGGGCUGACAGGUAUGACGUGACAGAUGGGUAUCAGCGAGAAGCUGUCGGUGGAAUUACAAUCAAGCUCCAGUCUCCUGAUGUCAAGUGGUUUGAUGAUUAUUAUCUGAAACUCCGGCCAGAAACAAACCUCAGAAACCCUUGGUUUCAAGAAUUUUGGCAGCAUCGUUUUCAGUGCCGGCUAGAAGGGUUUGCACAGGAGAACAGCAAGUACAACAAGACUUGCAACAGUUCUCUAACUCUGAGAACACAUCAUGUUCAAGAUUCCAAAAUGGGAUUUGUGAUCAAUGCAAUCUAUUCUAUGGCUUAUGGGCUCCACAACAUGCAGAUGUCCCUGUGCCCAGGCUACGCGGGCCUCUGUGAUGCAAUGAAGCCAAUUGAUGGGCGGAAACUUUUGGACUCCCUGAUGAAAACCAACUUUACUGGAGUUUCUGGAGAUAUGAUUCUAUUUGAUGAAAAUGGAGACUCUCCAGGAAGGUAUGAAAUAAUGAAUUUCAAGGAAAUGGGAAAAGAUUAUUUUGAUUACAUCAAUGUUGGAAGUUGGGACAAUGGGGAAUUAAAAAUGGAUGAUGAUGAAGUGUGGUCCAAGAAAAAUAACAUCAUCAGAUCUGUGUGCAGUGAACCGUGUGAGAAAGGCCAGAUAAAGGUGAUCCGGAAGGGAGAGGUCAGCUGUUGUUGGACCUGCACACCUUGUAAGGAGAAUGAGUAUGUGUUUGACGAGUACACCUGCAAGGCAUGCCAACUGGGGUCCUGGCCCACUGACGACUUGACAGGUUGUGAUUUGAUCCCAGUCCAGUAUCUUCGCUGGGGUGACCCUGAGCCCAUUGCAGCUGUGGUGUUUGCCUGCCUUGGUCUGCUAGCUACCCUGUUCGUUACUGUAAUCUUCAUCAUUUAUCGAGACACUCCAGUGGUCAAGUCUUCCAGCAGGGAACUCUGCUACAUUAUCCUUGCUGGCAUCUGCCUGGGCUACUUGUGUACCUUCUGCCUCAUUGCAAAGCCCAAACAGAUUUACUGCUACCUUCAGAGAAUUGGCAUCGGUCUCUCUCCGGCCAUGAGCUACUCAGCCCUUGUAACGAAGACCAACCGUAUUGCAAGGAUUCUAGCUGGCAGCAAGAAGAAGAUCUGUACCAAAAAGCCCAGAUUUAUGAGCGCCUGUGCUCAGUUAGUGAUCGCUUUCAUUCUCAUUUGUAUACAGUUGGGCAUUAUUGUGGCCCUCUUUAUCAUGGAGCCUCCAGAUAUAAUGCAUGACUAUCCAAGCAUCCGAGAAGUCUACUUGAUUUGUAACACCACCAACCUAGGGGUUGUCACUCCUCUUGGAUACAAUGGAUUAUUGAUUUUGAGUUGCACAUUCUAUGCGUUCAAGACCAGAAAUGUUCCAGCCAACUUUAACGAGGCCAAAUAUAUUGCUUUCACCAUGUACACAACCUGCAUCAUAUGGCUGGCCUUCGUGCCUAUCUACUUUGGUAGCAACUACAAAAUUAUCACCAUGUGUUUCUCAGUCAGCCUCAGUGCCACAGUGGCCCUGGGUUGCAUGUUUGUGCCGAAGGUGUACAUCAUCCUAGCCAAACCGGAGAGAAAUGUGCGCAGCGCCUUCACAACCUCUACCGUGGUGCGCAUGCACGUAGGAGAUGGCAAGUCAUCAUCCGCUGCCAGCAGAUCCAGCAGCCUAGUCAACCUGUGGAAGAGGAGGGGCUCGUCUGGGGAAACCCUAAGGUACAAAGACAGGAGACUGGCCCAGCACAAGUCGGAAAUAGAGUGUUUCACCCCCAAAGGGAGUAUGGGGAAUGGUGGGAGAGCAACAAUGAGCAGCUCCAAUGGAAAAUCCGUGACUUGGGCCCAGAAUGAGAAGAGCACCCGGGGGCAGCACCUGUGGCAGCGACUGUCUGUCCAUAUCAACAAGAAGGAGAACCCCAACCAGACAGCGGUCAUCAAACCCUUCCCCAAGAGCACAGAGAGCCGCGGGCAGGGUGCAGGGGCAGGUGGUGGCUCUGGCCCCGGUGCAGCUGGUGCUGGUAGCGCAGGAUGCACAGCGACAGGUGGCCCGGAACCACCCGACGCCGGCCCCAAGGCGCUUUAUGAUGUGGCAGAAGCCGAGGAGCGCUUCCCUGCGGCUGCCAGGCCGCGCUCGCCAUCGCCCAUCAGCACGCUGAGCCACCUGGCAGGCUCGGCGGGCCGCACAGAUGACGACGCGCCGUCGCUGCACUCGGAGACCGCUGCACGCAGCAGCUCAUCCCAGGGUUCGCUCAUGGAGCAGAUUAGCAGCGUGGUGACACGCUUCACCGCCAACAUCACGGAGCUCAACUCCAUGAUGUUGUCCACCGCGGCUGCGCCGGGUCCCCCUGGUACCCCUAUCUGCUCCUCCUACCUGAUCCCCAAAGAGAUCCAGCUGCCCACGACCAUGACGACCUUCGCAGAGAUCCAGCCUCUGCCGGCCAUCGAGGUGACAGGAGGAGCUCAGCCGGCGACAGGGCCAUCACCUGCCCAAGAGACGCCCGCAGGAGCUGAAGCCGCCCCAGGAAAACCGGAUCUGGAGGAGCUGGUGGCCCUCACUCCGCCAUCGCCCUUCAGGGACUCGGUGGACUCGGGGAGCACCACCCCAAACUCUCCAGUCUCCGAAUCGGCCCUCUGCAUCCCAUCCUCUCCCAAAUAUGACACUCUCAUCAUCAGAGAUUACACGCAGAGUUCUUCAUCGUUGUGAGCCACUGGAAACAUCCCUGGGAUAGGCCUGAACAGCAGACCUCGGUGUUCACAGAUGGGCGCAGUGACACCCAACAGAGAACCUGAGGUGAAAAAAAUGCCAAGGGCACACACAGUGGAGACAUGAGAUCAAUAGUGCUAAUUCAUGACAGCCGAUGACAACACCAACUACACAUCUUCUGGCAGAUUAUCUUCUAGUGGCCUUAGAAAACAUGGGCUUUUAAGAAACACUGCUUCUAUUUUUUGGAGUGCUGACCAGGAGUGGAUUAAGCAGUUACAAUACCAAGUGCUUUGCUCCGAGGCAGCAACAGUGUGAAGCAACAUCCUGAACAGCAAAAGGUGGAGUUAAUAAGCAACUGUGGACAGUCUUGUUUGUUUACUUCAUUUUCCCAGAAGAGUCUUUGAUUCACCAAACAUUGAAUGUACAUUUUCUAACUAACUCAAAAAAAUCUGGGACCAAAAUGUCAACCUUUCUGGGUUUUUUUUUUUUUUUUUCCUUCCCUGGUCCCUCCAUUCAGUAGACCUUGAGAAGCUAGUAGUAACUAGGGCCGGCCCAGUAUUUACUGAGCUUGUGAGUCUCCUGAGUAACACAAACGGGUAGUGAGUGUUGUGUUAACUUACAAAGAGUUUCUAGCAGAGACUUUCCAAACAGGCUGUGAGAUACUCUUCCAAAAGCCUGCAUCCUGGAUUCCACUAAUCAAGAAAACCAGUGCAAGAUUUCUGGACUCUUUCACCAUGUUGCCAAUCAAUACUGGAGUAGCAAAAAACAAAACAACAACAAAAACAAAAAACAAAAAUAUUUUCUGGAACACUGUUUUUUAAUUCCCUCACUGGGGUGCAUUGUGUAGCUGGAAAUUCUCUUUGUAAUAAUAAUUUGUGAGCUAUAGCCUGGCUCUCUUUCAUGAUACACAGGCACUCUUCCUUAUAAAUACCCUUCUGUUAGUGUUGCCAGCCAAAUAGUGAGAUACGCAAUGAGCUUCCUUGUUUCUUUAUUUGAGAACCUGAUAUAUACAAAGAGAUCCUCUGUUGUUGGUGGCUGUUUUGCCCCCAGUCCCACCUAUGGAAGAGUGGUCCAUUGACCUGAUGAAGAUAUUACAAUUGGAGGGACUGAUGUGGAAAUUCAUAAGAGUAACAGAAUCUCAAUACAGGAAAGUCAGCAUAGCAAGUGUUUUGGCUAUGCCCAUAAGUAGUGAUUUUAUCUUUUCUUGGCUGCUUACACGGGGCAGCUAUGAACUAUGACAAAUGUAGAUUUUUAUCAAAGCAAUACAGAAUACUAAAGCAGAGGAACCUUAAUAUCAACCACUGUCUUUCUCAGCCAUUCCAGAAAAAAAAAGGCAAAGCAAUUACUAUUCCUUUACUUUUUAAAAUAGUUAUUAGUGUGGUUUUGUGCACUUCAUACUGUCACUUUUUAAAUACUGCAGAAAAGAGUUACAAUAACAAAUAGGAUUUGGUGGGCUCAUAUAGGUAGAAACUGUAACUCAAGACCUGAAUCUAUGGUCAUCUUUUUAUUAGUCACAUUGCAGCUAUCCUCAGGUACCAAAUGUUUUUGACUUUUAAAUAAAGAUAGUAAUAAAAGAAAGAGGUAUUCUAUAAAUUUAAAGUUCAGUUGGCCCAGCCUUAUAUUAAAGAUAGCCUUAUGAGAAAGAUUUGCCAUGAAACAGAAGUAUAUUUUUGGCAGAGAGAAAUUUAAAUAAAACUUUAAAAUUCUUAUUUCAACAUCCUUGAUAUCAUUCUUUUUUAUUGUUGCUUUACAUUUGUUUUUUUUUAAUAGAUGUUUGGGUUUAUUUUUUGUUUGCUUGGUUUUUGUUUGUUUAUUUGUUUACCAUCUAAUUUAAACAAAUUGAAAGAGUAAGUUUAUACUUUGGCAUAAUCUGUCAUUCUCCAGUUUUAAAUAUUUAAGGUUAUAAUAACUAUUGACAUUGCUUUUCUGUUACCUGUCCUUAUUUGACAUUUUAAAUCAAAUCUUCCACAUUAGCACAUUAAAAGCUAACAACAACUCACAAACAUAUUAUCUUAAAGUGAAUCAAGCCUUCCUAAAUAAGAUAUGAAAAUAACACUGAGAUCAAUAUGAUCCCAAAUAGUAAUAAGAUUCUUGAAACAGAAAAGAAAUCUAGCUAACUUGCAUAGCUUCAUUAAGAGAAAAUGCCUGCCUCUACCUGAAAACCCAUGUAAAGAUUCUGAAAUGUCAAUGUCCCUUGGUAUCCACCAAAAAGGUGGCAUUUGCCUGGGGUUAGUGUCUGAUUUCUUAAAAAUUAAUAUCUUUCUGGAUAUGCUCUGCUUUCCGAAUUAUAAAUUUAGUUUUAUUGACUUUGGUUUUCUGUUUUCUUUUCAUGUGCAUUUUAUUUCUUUGACAGUUCCCAGGAACAAAUCCUUUUGCUAUGAUUUCCAUAUUUUUGUUAAAAAAUUACCACCUUAUGAGGAAUUCCACUAGAAAUUCAAGUUUAAUGCAAUUCCCAUCUGUAAUUCCCUUGUGAUAUCAUAGUUAAUCAUAAUAAAAAUGUAUUCAAUUAGAGGAAUAAAAUUAUUUUUCCUGUAUGUUAUCAUAACAUUUGCAAUCCCAUUGACUAUAUUGUAUAGUGCACAUACCAGUAAUACAUAUUUGAAAUCUUUUAAUUUGGAAUGAUGCUAACUCUCUCUUUGCCAGUUCUAAUACCAGGUUCCAAGUAAUAACUAUAAUAUAAAGAGAACUGAACAUUUAAUUUAGGGCUAGGAUACAAACUUCCCGACUUAUUUGGGUACCUAUUCUUACUGAGUUUCCUUGAUAACAAUCUGUUCCUGAUACCUGGUGAUAAACAGUUGGAAUAUGCAUAACUAAAAAGAACAGUGAGAAUUUUAAAGACCAGUAAAAUGGUAUAAAAGGAGAAUUUGGUUCUGGGAAGAAAGAAAAGACCUAGUUUGAUUAAGUUUAUAAACUCAAAGGUCUACUCACCUUCCUGUUGAAGAGUGGAGUCAGUCUGAGAGGCUGUGUUUGGCUGGGGCUAGACAUAGGGAACAGGAAGGGAAUCUAGAAAAGAAACUCAUGAGAAAAUUAACAGACACAAAGGAGAAAGACAAAGGAAAUCUCCAAAUGUGCUAAUCUUUGAACGUAAUAAUUUUUUUUCAAACGACUGAUAUACCAGCAAGUGAUCAGAAAGACUCGGAGCUAUUUAUGACUGUAAAUGCAUUGUAUAAUGGCUCUGCUGCAGUCUGUGACUUCCAAACCAGGAAUUAAACACUCUUUUUAAGAAAAAAAAGAAAAAAAAAGAAAAAAAAAUCCUGUGCUAGUCUCCCAGCAAAAUGUACAUGGUCUGGAGACUUCAAAGUUAUUAUAUGAGUUCACAUUUAGCAACAGCUUAUUAAUAACCCUCAAGCUGUCAGAAUCUCUAUAGCUACCAUUUACAAUUUUAUACUGUGAAAAAAAUACAGAUCAGUGAAAGCAUAAAGAUAAUUCAGAAUUUGCUUUGAAGAGGGUAUGAGGCCUGGGAGAAUCUCUGAUAUCUAUUGAAGAAUGGGGCAUGUAUAAAACAGUUGGCUGGAUUUCACUGAUCUUCCCAAUGUGAACAAAUAUACUAUGUAUAUUGUGUGUCUUUCUAGAAUUCAAUGGCAGCUGCUGGUGAUGUUGUAAUUAGAAAUCUAUAUAGAAUAUAGAUGUUUAGAGAGAUGGUGCCAAUACUAAAAUACUUGUGUGGGCUACAAGUGCUUGUACUUAAUUUUUCCUGCACUCAGAACUGAUUUGGUUUUAAAACUGUGUGCACACUCUGUUCUUUUUUGUUGUUGUUGCAGCUUGUACUAUUAAAAUAAUAGAGAAUGUUAAAUUA